ACAGUCUUGACGACAGAUACAGGCAUCUUCCGUGUAGAAGCAAAAAGUGACAGAAGCGCGCACAACCGAGGUGGUAAACGUGUGUUUCCGCAAGAUGAUCUUUCCUUUUUAAUCGUUACUUGAGCCGAGUGCACGUCGUCGAAUACAUAGGAUCCUUGAACCGAGGUACAGUUCACCAACGAUGUUCUUCAGGUUUGCUAUAUUCGUCGGUUUGAGUUCCGUCGUCGCAACCAUAAUCUACUUGACGCCUAUACCAGAUAAAUAAAUAUCCACGGACUAGCAGUAUUUCAUCGCGUGUCAAGCGAUUGUACGCACAUACAUAUACUUAUCGAAGUGGACGAAAGUUGCGCGAGAAAGCGCGCCAAACAUUAUGCCUGUCCGCUCACAGACUCAAAGGGAUACGACGAAGGCAAUCUCUCAGAGGUCUAAGCAAUUUUAAGUUGCUUCGGAGACUUUCUGAGUCGAAUGAUCGUGAAAAGAAUGCAGUCACCUGCUGUUAUCGUUGCAUAACAAAUCGGGUAGACGAUGCGGGUAUCUACCAGUGCGGAUUUGGCGAUGAUGCUGACCACCUACGGUCUACGAUUUCUCGUGGUCGUCUUCACGAUCGCGGCGGCCGCCACGUUUUUACACGUGAACAAUUACAGGCCCAAGCAAAUAUUCCUCUCCUGCGACAGACCAUGUCACCAUUUGGAUUGGCCGAUGAUUUGUCGAGUGAAGCUGACUCUAGAAGUGUUCCAAUCACUUAGCAAAUCAUGCGGCGAUUGCACGAAGAACGAGACGGCAUGUCUGUCCAAGCAUUGCGUCUCGGCGGAUGGACAGAGACGGGGGAUCCUUGCGGCGAAUCGUCAGAUGCCUGGCCCGACUAUUCAGGUUUGUGAAAACGAUAUCUUGGUGGUCGACGUGAUUAACCGGCUUCCAGGCAAAGCUGCAGCAGUGCACUGGCGUGGUCAAUCUCAGGUUGAGACGCCACACAUGGAUGGCGCUCCUCUUGUCACCCAGUGUCCCAUACCGAGCUAUACUACUUUCCAAUAUAAAUUCCGCGCAUCAUCCGCUGGAACUCAUCUAUGGCAUGCUCACGCUGGGGCUGACGUCACUAAUGGUAUAUUUGGCGCGUUGAUCGUCAAGCAGGCAGAUAUCAGGGACCCUCAUCGCGCUCUUUAUGAUAUCGACGACCCGAAUCAUGUGGUGCUUGUGAGCCAGUGGCAACAUUCCCCAGAGAUCACGUACACGGAGGGCCACACGAAACCAGCGAUUCUUCUCGUGAACGGCAAGGGACGCCAGCCAAAUGGACCAAACGUACCUUUGACGAAGUUCACCGUUAUUCCAGGACGACGUCAUAGAUUUCGCGUUGCUAACGCUGGCGGUGCUGGAUCCUGUCCAAUAACCAUCUCUGUAGACGCUCAUCCCCUUCUUCUGAUUGCCCUCGAUGGUCAGCCAAUGGAACCGCGACAAGUUACAUCGAUUACUUUGGCGAAAGGUGAAAGAGCAGAUUUUAUCCUGAAAGCGAACAAACGAGUCGCUUCCUAUUGGAUGAACGUGCAUACGUCGAAGGAAUGUGGUACCAGUCCUAUAAACGGUGUGGCGCUCUUAGAGUACAAGGGAAGCACAACGGAGAAUCUGUUGUCUGUGACGGAAGCGAGCGAAGAGUUGGAAGUUGAGGAAGCGGACGUUCGAGUUGCGAUGACAACAAAUCCCGCGGACAAGUGUGGAAAUCCAGAGAGCCUGUGCGUGACGGAAUUGCAUGCAUUGCGCAAGAUGCCAGCUGCUUUAGCGAAACCGAAGACCGACAUUACCAUUUAUCUACCUAUUAAUUACAGGCUGCAAACGAACGAUAUCGUGGGAAACAGUGGCGAGGGGAUGAAGGUUCUGAAUGUGAACAACGCGACGUUCACGUAUCCAUCGUCGCCGUUGUUGACACAAGGUACCGACAUCGCCGAAGAAACUUUGUGCUCUUCUACCCCCGACGAGGACGACGCUCGUGCUGAGAACAACGAAACGGCGUCGUUGUCGUCGCGACGUUGCCGUCGUACCGAUGCAAUCACUUCAAACAUUUGCGAGUGCGUUCACGUGAGGUAUAUACCGCUCGGAGCAACCGUCGAAAUCAUUCUCCUCGAUCAAGGUGGUUUCGACGAUUUGGUGUAUCACCUGCAUGGAUAUACUUUCUACGUAGUGGGAGCGCGAAAUUUCGGGCGCAGCGUGACUCUGAAUGAAUUAAAAAGCCUGGACGACAAAGGUCAACUGUUCUCACGGAAUAUCGACUGCACCGUGGCUAAAGAUACCGUAGUUGUGCCGAAAUUCGGUGCGGUUGCCCUCAGGUUUAAAGCAGAUAAUCCAGGUUACUGGAUGUUGCGUGACGAGCACGCCGCUGAGUGGACACGCGGAUUGGACGUGAUCCUUCAAGUUGGAGAAACAAGUGAUAUGGUGCCUGCUCCGGAAGACUUCCCCAAGUGUGGAUCGUUCGUUGGACCAGACUACUUUCUUAUAUAGACUGUUAUUUCCCUUAAGAAUCGCGAACGUCGUGUAUAUAGUUGUAAAUAAAUGCCGAUAGACUGAAAGUAUACACAGUUUAA